AUGCAGCCGGCUUUUUAGCCAUACUUUUUGGCAAGAGCAGUAAUUUUAAUUCCCACUAUGAUACUAUUGAUUAUCGGAGCUAUCUUAUUAUCUAGUGAUACUACUCUUUAUGCAGAUUUGGUAGCAAGUGAAACUCUGGAUUGGAGUACUCCUUCAAUAUCCUCCUUUAUCACGAUUAAAAUGGCACAGACUAAUUCUAGUUCAAAUUCAAGCACAAGAAUGCUUUAUGGCUUUGAUGAAAAUUAAGAAUAUGAUGAUGUUGUAUCUGAUAAUUAUGUUAGCCAUAUAGAUCGUUUAGAAAUAGACUAAAGCACAAAAUUAAGAAGAAUACUCAGUUCUUCAAAAUUGAACAAGAGACAUCUGUAAACAGAUUCCAAUAAGGUUAAUAAAUGCCCUUAAGGCUAUGAUUAGCUGACUGCUAGAUUUUUGGGGACUAAAGAUAUCUGCAGAAUUACUAGAACUACUUAUAGUCUAGGGAAGUGCUCAGACAAAAACAAAGGCAAUUCGUUUUUUGGAAUUGAACAAGCAGAUAUGGAACUUUUUUACGGAAGUAUUUUUUGCAUAUAACGUUAGAACAACAAGAACUACCACUAAAUAUAAGCAUCUAGAAUAAAUAUAUAGAAUUCUUCAUGCCCUGAGAAAGGUAAAUGUGGUGAUUGGAACAGCUCGGAUUUUUAAUACUGUGAGACAAGUUAAUACUAGAACUGUAGUCUGAAUGGAAUUAAAUUCUGGGGUAAGGAUUAAACUCCAACUGAUUAUCAUAAAUUCACAAGAAAGACUAUGGCAGAUUAUGCAUAUUAUGAUGCUGUCUUAGAUUCACCAAAUUAGAAUCCAAUAGUGAGGAUUAAUGUCUAAUUUGGCAGGCCAUGCGCAAACAUGAGAACACCAAGAUUUGCUAGAGAUGUACCAAUAAACAGUGUAUACAGCGAACUAGAUCAGUGCACAGAUAUUUUCACUGGAGAUUAGUAUAAAAACUAUCAGGAUGCUUUAUUUAAUGUGACAGAAUUCAAACUUUAUAGCGAAAAUAACGUUUAUAGAAGCAUUUAUGAUCAACUUAGUUAGGACUAAACAUCUGAAUUGAGUAAAAAUAGCUAUAAAAUGUACUAUAAAUCUUAUGCACUUUGGAAAUUUAAAUGUAUGCAAGAAUAUUCAACUGAGUACUUUGCAAAAUAGGCUUAAAAUAUGAGAAAGAAAUCUGAGGAGUAUAAGCCUGCAUGCUACAUUGCUAUCGUAGCUUUUAUCUAUGAAUUGGUGACAUUGUUAGCUUAAUGUUCUUGCCUUUGCAGGUGUGAGUCAUUCCGUGAUUGCAAGUAAUGCUGCAAUACAUCAUUUAGACAUCUUUACACAAUCAUCAAAAUGAUUCUAGUUGUGGUCAUAUUCAUCCUGUUCUGUGCUAUUACAAGCUAUAAUUCUAGCUUAGACGAAAAAUUUCUUCAGUAUGUGACAGACAACUAAUGCUCAGAUGGUGUAGUUAAUUACAGUGUCGAGCAGUUCAAUACAUAUAGCAAUAGAGAUAUGGCUUUGAUUGGGUUUGGCGUAUUUGUAUCUCUUCUUUUAUUAGGAAUGCAAACAGUUUUUACCGUUUGCUACACGAGAAAACUUAAGAAGACUUAUGAUGAAUUCCAUGAAUGUAUAAAACUUAGGUGCUGUAAGAAAAAGCAAGAAUAGGCUGAUGAUAAAGCUAAAGAUGAUGAAAAUCACAAGAGAGACCCAAGCAGGCACAAUUCCUAUUUAGUAGUAGAUCAGAUUAAACUAGAUGGAGAUCAUCAUACUGAGGAGGGUAAGAACAAUUUUAGCUAACACAAUUCAUAUGAACAAAAUAAGCAAGUAGAUAAGCCAAAAAGUCUAUCUAGAAUACACCACUUAAAUACAUAAAAGAUAAACAAAGCUGAUUUUGAUCUGGUUGAGGAACUUAAACAAGAUAAUACCUAAGCAGAUAAGAGAAUGGUAGAAGCUUGUUCUUUCAGAACGUCUUUUGAUGUGAAUAAAGUCGCAGAUGUCAGCAUACUUGAGGACAAUAAUAGCAGAAAUAGCAAUUUAGGAACAGGAGGAAAGGACGAGUAACUCAUUGAUUACAAAAAUUGA